AUGGCGCGUUUCGUUCUCAAUUCGCUGCUCUUCCUCGGCGGCGCCCUAGCGUCUCCUGUCCAGGAGCGCAAUGUGGAUUGCACUGGCACGAACGCCAUUAGCAUGCACUGCCGCUCGAAUGAGGUCCCCUACACGAGAGAUUUCUUCUACAUCGGCGGUCGCUCUGCAAAGGGGACUUCCGGAACCAUCACCGUUGAUCAAGUCUACGUGGAGAAGUUGACGCCUACUAAGCAGUGGACUCAGAAGCAUCCUCUUGUCUUCUUCCACGGUGGUGGUCUAUCGGGAAGUACUUGGCUCAACACACCCGAUAACCGUGAGGGAUGGGCUAGCUACUUCACCAAGAGGGGCUAUGUCGUGUACUUAGUGGAUAACAAUGCCAUCGGUCGCAGUGCUGAGAACGCUAUUGCUAGCUUCCCCAUGGCCGCGGGUUCUGCUACUGAGACUGUCAUGAAGUUCUUCACCUCUCCCGAGAACUAUGAGACUUAUCCCCAAGCUAAGCUGCACACCCAGUGGCCUGGUACUGGAGCCGAUGGCGACCCUGUGUACGACCAGUUCAAGAAGUCGCUGAUUCCUCUUACCACCAACUUUGUCGGCCAGGAGAACGCUCUCCGUGCUGGUGGCUGCGAACUUCUUUCUCUCCUUGGCGAGAAGGCCUUUCUCAUAUCCCAUUCGCUUGGUAGCAGGAAUCCCCUUCUGCUUUCCAACGAUUGCCCUGAGUACAUCGCUGGUAGCAUCAAUCUCGAGGCUGCUACUUCACCUUUCUGGUCUUAUGCUGAGGGACUAGGUGGAUUUGCUGGUUCGCCUUGGGGUUUGACCAACACACCUGUGACUUACGACCCUCCAGUCAGCGACCCAUCCGAACUUGAAAGCGAGUCCGUUGGAGAGGAGACUCUCGCUCAUCGCAACUGCUAUCUUCAAGUCGAGCCCGCCCGCAAGCUUCCUCAGAUCAAUAAGGUCCCUUACCUGCUCCUGACUGGUGAAGCCUCUGUUCACAUCACAUACGAUCACUGUGUUAUCGACUUCCUCAAGCAGGCUGGUGGCAAGCCUGAGUGGAUCAAGUUGACUGACUGGGGCAUCAAGGGCAACGGUCAUUUCUUGCAUGUUGAGAAGAAUAACAUGCAGAUUGCUGGUAUUGUUGAUGCUUGGAUCCAGAAGAAGUCUUUCAAUGGCACAAAGAGUGCUUAA